AUGGAGGGAAUAUACUUUAACAUAGACAACGGGUUUAUUGAGGGGGUCGUCAGGGGCUACAGAAACGGGCUGCUAACAAGUAACCAAUACAUUAACUUGACUCAAUGUGACACUUUGGAAGAUUUAAAAUUGCAACUCUCAUCCACAGAUUACGGUAAUUUCCUUUCUUCGGUCUCCACGGAUGCACUCACCACUUCUCUUAUCCAAACAUCCGCCUCGGAGAAACUUUACCAGGAAUUCAACUACAUUAGAAACCAAACUUCAGGACCCACACGUCUCUUCCUUGACUAUAUCACAUAUAGCUACAUGAUAGAUAAUGUGGCUCUUAUGAUUACGGGGACCAUCCAUGACCGUGACAAGUCCGAGAUUUUACAACGUUGCCACCCAUUGGGUUGGUUUGACACAUUACCCACUUUAACAGUGGCUACGGAUUUGGAAUCCCUGUAUGAGACAGUGCUGGUGGAUACCCCAUUAGCACCAUAUUUCAAAGAUUGUUUCAACACCGCGGAUGAAUUGGAUGAUUUGAAUAUUGAAAUUAUUAGAAAUAAAUUAUACAAGGCAUAUUUGCAAGACUUUUAUCAAUUCGUCUCUCAUCAAGUUCCUGAACCUGCUAGAGAAAUUAUGCAAGGUUUGUUGGAAUUCGAAGCGGAUAGAAGGGCUAUUAAUAUUGCUUUGAAUUCUUUGCAAAGUGAAGAUAUCGAUGCCGGUUUGAAAAGAGAAUUAUUACCUGAAUUGGGUAAAUUGUACCCUGUGGCUACAGAACAUUUAGCUCAGGCUACCGAUUUUGAAUCCGUGAGAGUGGCUCUGGGACAAGUUUAUGAAUAUAGAGAUAUCUUGGAAUCAGGAAAUUUGGAAGAUCAUUUUUAUAAAUUGGAAAUGGAUUUGUGUAGAGACGCCUUUACCCAACAAUUCGCCAUUAGUACGGUUUGGGCUUGGAUGAAAUCUAAGGAACAAGAAGUGAGAAAUAUUACUUGGAUUGCUGAAUGUAUUACUCAGAAUCAAAGAGAAAGAAUAAAUAAUUAUAUCUCUGUCUAUUAG